GACCUUUCAACUUAACAAAAACUGAAGUUGACAAACGUAUCCCUGUCGGCUGAAACUGUGAGAAAGAGUUUGUGUUUUCGGCGAAGGGGGCAAAGCAGAAGAAGACGAUGCGGCACACGGUGGAGGUUUCUCAGUACGUCGGUGGUUUUCUGUAAAUGAGCGACGGCUGUAACGCGGCGUUUUGUUUUGAUUUCCAUGUGAAAUGCAAUUAGUGCUCCGCGGUGCUCGCUAGUUUGGCUCGCGGAGCGGAGCACACUCUGAACUUGUUUCUCGCCUCGGGAGCACAACAUGGAGCACUACCAGGAAGAUUUGGGACUCCGGGCCAGUAAAUUGAUGGAGGACCUUUCCUUGUAUGAUGCGUAUAAGGACGGGAUGUACAACGCGAGGAGAGACUUGGUGAUUAACCCUGAUUUGGACUUUUCGGCUCCGGCUGUAGCAGAACAUAAAAGUAAGCCAAUGAAUGGUACCUCUGUGCUUCACCAGCAGCAUCACACAGUGGAGAAUUUCACGACUGGGAAUAAAGUGUACAACGCGGCUCCGGUGCGCCCUGUAAACUGCACCCGGACCGUGCCUGUGGAUUUUUGUGCCCCUCAAAGAGACGCAGUUUAUACCGAGAAGGGCUGUUGCACCAAAUCCGAAGUGGCUUUGCCGUGCUACACGGGCGCUUCCGACAGGCACCGGAGAUACUCUCUGGAGGUGCAGGGCCACAGGUACAGCACCGGCUCCGCCUUCGAUGGCGUGCCCCUGAACAAGCCGGUGGCAGUGCCCGGCAACAGGUGCAACAGUGUCUGCAUCACCAGCAGCCACGACGGGAGAUAUAACGCCACUAGCCCCCGGUCCAGCUUAGCAUCUUCCCUGUCCUCUCAGGAGCAGAGCAAGCAUGCCAGCCCGAGGUCGAGCAUCAGCAGCCCGCGCACUAGUUUAGUGGUACCGGGUCAGGACAGGUACACGAGCCCCAGGUCUAGUUUAGUUCACUGUGAGGGCAACAAUGUCCUCAGUCCCAGAUCCAGCUAUGCAAGCACUGCCAGCGACACGAGUAAACACUCCAGCCCCCGGGCCAGCCUCAACAGCUGUGACUGCUGCAGCAAACCCAGCAGCAACCGCACCAGCGGCAUCAGCAUGGGCUACGACCAGAGGCACACUAGCCCCAGGUCGAGCACGGCGAGCCAGUACUCCUUCACCACCAGCCCGAGAUCCAGUUACUCUGACUCACGGUACGGGCCCGUGGUCAACCAUGAUCUGGAGGGGGCGAUUUUACACGCAGCGCCGCUGGCGAGUCCUCGCUCGAGCAUCUGCAGCCAGGACGGGAGCGCGAGACCGGGGACCACCGCAAACUGCGUGGUCAGUCCCCGGUCCAGCAUCUCCAGUCACAGCUCCAGAAGUUCCCGCAGCUCCAGGGGGUCUAUGAGCACCUACCCGGAUCUGCAGCUGCCUUCACCCAGGUCAUCGAUGCUGGGCAGCAGUUUACACGAGGAUACGCUGCUGCAGGAGUUUGGAGACUCCAACGGGAUUCCAAAUCGCAUCCAUCUCCAGGGACUCUCGGCUGUGCCAGAGCCCCAGCAGCAGUCAGCCCAGACGGGAGGGUCUGUGGAGAUGACCGCGGGGUCGCCAUCAUCAUUUAGUUAUGGGAUGUCCUCCAAAGCAGUCUCCUCGAGCCAGAGGUUUAAGCUACCUUACCAGGUGACCCCUAACCGGGAGAGUGGACCCAGCCAGGCGGAGAGGCGGCUGGAGGCGCUCACUUUGGAGCUGGAAAAGGAGUUAGAGAUGCAUAUGAAAAAGGAAUACUUUGGUAUCUGUGUCAAAUGUGGGAAAGGUGUGUAUGGAGCCAGCCAAGCCUGCCAGGCCAUGGGGAAUCUGUAUCACACAAACUGCUUCACCUGCUGCUCCUGUGGACGGAGGCUGCGAGGGAAGGCGUUCUACAAUGUCAACGGGAAGGUCUACUGUGAGGAGGAUUUUCUGUACUCUGGUUUCCAGCAGACGGCUGAGAAGUGUUUCGUGUGUGGUCACCUCAUCAUGGAGAUGAUUCUCCAGGCACUAGGCAAGUCCUACCAUCCUGGCUGUUUCCGCUGUGCGGUGUGUAAAGAAGGUCUAGAUGGAGUGCCUUUCACUGUGGACGUUGAAAACAACAUAUACUGUGUCAAAGAUUAUCACACGGUUUUUGCUCCCAAGUGUGCCUCCUGCAACCAGCCCAUUCUCCCAGCCCAGGGCUCUGAGGAAACCAUCCGGGUCGUUUCUAUGGACAAGGACUACCAUGUGGAGUGUUACCACUGUGAGGACUGUUGUCUCCAGCUAAAUGACGAAGAGGGCCACCGUUGUUAUCCACUGGAAGGCCACCUGCUCUGCCAUGGCUGCCACAUCCACCGGCUCCAGUCGCAGGUCCCUGCCCACCUGCCCCCCAGCUACCCCCUCCAUGUCACUGAGCUGUGAGGGGGAGAGGAGGGUGGGCAGCAACCAUGCCCUGCCUCCCAGGUGAUCCGAGACACCAGCAGUGGGGGAAAGAAGGCCUGCACCCCCUCCAGCAGUUCCAGGGAAGCCUCUGUGUGGCCAUCUGAGCUACUGCCCCUGUCCUCAACUGGACGGCCAGGCUGUGGACUAACACACUCAGCUCCCACCACAAGCCCUGCUGUCAUAUGACAGGGCUGGGAAAAAGGGUCCCCCUCCUCCUCCAUCUGUGGUCCUUUCCUCCCCUUUCCCCUCGGGUGCCUAUCCCUGAAAGCCAACACGCCGGCUCACCCAGAGGCCCCCGGUGACGUCACACAGCCUGACCCCUGCACAUUCAUCAAAGAGAGGGUUUUCGGAUUGGAGGGGAGGACGCACACUCGUCUCUCUCCUAGCUUCCCUCUCUUCCUUUCCAUGUUUUUCAUUCCUGUGCUCUGACUGAAGCGGUUUACCGCAGUGAAUUCACCAGUGCUGUCACGUCUGAGAACGCCACUGAUGUCGGCGUCAGGGAGGCCAGGGAACGAGCCACUACAUUCCAGUGCUGGUUGGACGGGACAGACCCCAGGGUGGGCAUGCUGUGCCUUCAGAGCGGGCUCUCUCCAUGCAGCUUCUAAACACUGAAAUGGAGUCCUGCUAAAGGCUAUGCAAAGGACACCCAGCAUCAUGACACAGGGCUGUGAGAAAAACUCUUAACUCAAGCUCAUCGCCCUGCACCAACCCCGAAAUAACAGAUGCACCGUAGCACCACAAGCCCAGAGGACCGACUGACAUUCCACUUAGAAGUCUUAGACGAGACCUCGAGAGAUUCACAAGCAGUGUCUUAAUUAAUGAUUAUAUUAUGACAGAAAAAGAAAAUUUUAGAUGCACAUAGAAUGUCUUUUAUAUAUGAAUAUAUAUUUUGCAGAUGUUUUCCACAUAAGAUCAUAGAUGUAGAUUCUCAUUUAUUUGUUUUUGCUGCGCUUGCGAUAGAUUCAGAGGUGAAACACGUUGUCUGUCUUGAAGCCUCUGAAGAUUUCAGGUCUGUUGUAUCAUUUCUCCUCCAGGAUGCAGAGCCUCUACAUGUCUGUCAGUGGGUCACAGAUCCACUGGCUCAAAUGGUAUUUGCCUUCAGUUAUCUUUUCCCACUUUGAGUACCAAAUGUUUAGCGCCAAAAGCUUGUUGAAGGCACCAGUCUGUUCCUUUUAACCUACAUAUCCCAGCUCUCUCUGCUAAUAGACAUUUCUGCAUACCUUAAAUUCACCAUCUUUGGUUAAACCUAAAUCAGUGUAUUUAUUGUAAAUGCAAGUUACUAAAAAAGUAAUAGUAAAUUGAAAAACUUGACAGAUUUUGAUCACUGUGUAUUUGUGUCACAACUGAUGCCAGCACUAUCUGUGUUUGAAACAUACAAGCUGAUCUCGUUAGCCUCUGGCUCUAAACAAGCAGUUAAUUUGAAGUUCUGUGUGAUUCCUUGUAUUUUCAUCGUACCUAAUUCUCACAAAAAUGUAACAAAGCAUUUAGGUCCCUUAUCUUUAGACUUUUCAGAAUUGCACAUUCUGACCUUCUGUCAAGGGUGCUACUAUUUUGCCAAGUUAUCACACAGAGCUUCGAGAUUAAGAUUAAAGCUUAAUCUUAAAAUCUAAGAGCUUAGCUAGAAAUUGGUCUUUAAAUACGGAGAUUUAGGCCCCGUGGUUGAGCAGCAAAAGACUGUUGACUAAAAGACAUUCAGCAGUGGUCAUCACAGAACCAAAUGCAAACUGUUGAAGUAUAUAAGCUAAAUAAGUAUUAAUGAGCUCUGUGGUUUAAACUAUGAAAAGGCAUUAAGAGACAGAAGAACUCUGAUUGGAAAAGAUUUGGUUGAACAUCUGUAUGUUAAAUAAACAGAGUGCUUGUAGUCGUGAGACAAAUAGACAACAUGUUGCAUGCAGCUCAUCAGAGGGACUGAUCUGGACUAAAAAUCAUUUCAUCAAUCAACAACAUAUACCUAUUCCACAUUUAUGCUUAUAUAUCAUUUUCCAGUGCUCACAAGCAUUUGUUAAUGACACAAGUCAUCUGGUGACUGUAAUGGUUUUCUGAGCACCCAUAGCUACGUUCCCCCAGAGAGGAGCCUAAUGUCAAAGGUCCCAGGUCAUUUGAAAGUAAUUUUCUGCCACCGACACCUGUCAGUGUCAUCAUGCGGCAUCUGGCCCAUCUGGUACUCAAGAGAAAAAGAAACAGAUUAAUUUAUUUAUUUGCAAAUACCUUUUUGCCCCAGGUGUGUUCAAGGCACUGUUUCCUGGUAUGUUUUUUUCCAGACACUGGUUUUAUGUCAUAUGAGCACUGAGAACACAGUGCGUUUCUACGAGGAACCUCCUCUUGUCCGCAUGCCUUAAAGACAGAACAGGUAUGUUUGUGUGUCUCGCUCUGGUUUGCCAUGCAGUCUGCUGUCAUGUCGUGGGGGGACGUCCCUGAAAAUGCGGAGCUGCUGGUCUCACCCGUGUUUUUAGGGAGUCCGCUCAUGUUUCCCAUGCUGGUUGUGUGUGUCUGUUUGUGUGAAUGCAAAAACAAAAACUACAUGAGACAAAAACACUUGAAACUCUGAGCUGUAGUGGUGCUGGGAAAAAAAGUCUCACCCCUCUGCACUUGGUUACUGUCAUCUUUUUUCCCCUCAGAUUGGCACUCAGUAGAUCAUUCCCUGUACAUGUCAGAUCUUAAGGUAUUUUAGGAACCUUCUGUUAUUGAGGAAAAUUCUGCCUUGCUCUUGCAUUGAGCAAAAAUCUGGUGUAGCUCGACGGUAACUAUGCCUGCUUAUUUCAAAGACGAGCAAAUUGUGAAUGUGUUUGUGUGUGUGUGUGUGUGUGUGUGUGUGUGUACUAGUGGCAGGGCCAUGGCACAUGCACCUCACUGUGUUUGCAGGGCAGUGCAGCAUCCAACACAGUGACCCCUGCUCUCUCUGUUGUAACCCAGUGAUGAUUUUGAUGACUGCGUCCACCCCAACUUCUUCUAGAUGUUUGUGUCUAAAUCUUAGUGUUUGUUUGAACUUUGGUGUGGUAGCAUCAUAUUGACGGUGUGUUCAAGUAACUAAUAUAUCAUCCUCUGACUACCACCUAUCUGGUAUUCAAACUAGAACAAAACAAGCACCAAGUAUUACAGGCAAACACUGGCUCCUAUUCAUAUAUUACUGUACACGCAGGUCAGAACAAAUACUACUGAAUGUGUGAUGAAAACAGAGACUGAAGCAGAGACUGAAGGCAGGGGUCACCACAGGCAGGAAGUGCUUUCUAAUGUAACCUGAUGUGAUGAGAUUCACUCGAAUGUAAUGAUGGUUAGUGUUGUAUAUUUGUAAAAGCAGAAAAGGACAGCAUAUGUGAGACAUUCCCCUUGUUAUUUGAUCAACCUCAAUUUUGUAUAAGGGUUCUGGUCAAGUAAUGUGUGCUAUACUUGAAGAAAGAGGCAUUUUUUGAACUGCACCAUAUCAACCCCCCCCCCCCCCCAAGAAAAACUUAACAAGAUCAGAGUGCUCCCCCUUUAAAGAUGUCUUAAUUCACCAUUUUAAAAGUACUACUUCAGUUUCUAUUGCAUAGCACACAGCUAGUUACCCUGUACAUAAAGAGGAUAGUUUUUGUUAUUUUAUUUUUCUGUCAAAAAUCACUUGGAAAGAGAAGACUUCUUCUCCUACUGGUAGUUCCAACAAGCACAUCUGUCACACAUCUUUUGUAACGCUAAGUGUUUUGAUUACCUAGAUGGUUCAUAAAAAAAGGAAACUAGAUCUAUUUAUCUAAACAUGAAAAAAGUCUAAAGUUAUUUAAUGUAUUAAAAAUCGGGACGUAUCAUUUAACUGUAGAUGACAUAAUCUGCUUUUUCAAUAAAGUGGUUUUGUAGCUAACUGCAAAAAA